AUGCUGCAGCAACAGGAGAACGUAAUCAGUGAAUUGAACUUGUCGAUGCAAGUUGAAUCAUCAAUUGCAGCUGCAGAAUUGCAAGGAUUAAACGAAAUGAGAAAUAUAACGAACAGAAAUGAAAGUGCAAUAGAAGCUGCUGUAAAAAAAGUGUGGUCGAAGAUGAAAAAAGUCGAAGAUACACAAUUUCCAAACAGACAUAAUGAUUUUCAAUCGCCAUCGGAAUGUUGUGGAAACAAUAAGAAGACGACAGCGAAUGAAGAAUUUGGUGUUCAGGAAACUAGAAACGGAUCAGGCCGAAACAAACGGAAGCCAAAUUUCGUUAGGCAUAUCAUUCAAGACAACACUGAGGAGCAAAGUGGAAGUAAAACGGAAAAUGUGCCACAACUCUUUUCUGAUGAUACCGAGGAGGGGCCUGCUGAUUUGAACAAUAGGAAUUGCCAAGAUCAAGUAUUGGACAAACAGUUUAAUAUGGUGAUAUCAGCUGAAAAAUCCCAUAAAAAACGGUUGGAUAAGCGAAAUGGUGAAAAAAUCGACAAUUCAGGAAAUGCUUCAUCAAAUGCUAAACGAAAGCGCUCUGAAUCGAAAUUAUUAAAUCUUAAUCAACAAUAUAGUAACAGAACAUUCUCGUCAUUUACACUAGCAGAGCAAGAAGAACUUCGACGUAAGGCUUUACGUAUUCACGACGGAGCCACAUUUCAGAGUUUUGACGAAUUUCACGAAUGUUUCGAUGCCUACAAGAUCGUAUGGAGUUACCCGUAUAGGGUAGCCAGUUCCGAGAUUCUUCGAGAUGGCGAAGGGCAAGUGAUCAGUCGCUUUAAAUAUAAAUAUAUAGUGUUCCACUGCGUUCAUUAUGGGGCUCCACGUAAAAGGGGAAGAGGUGAACGUAUAAAUCAGAAUUACCUUUCAUUGGGUUGCACCGCCAGAUUUCGUUUAAAUGCUGACACGACCAACGGUUGUCUUCGAAUUUCAUCUUUCCACGAGGAGCACAUUAAUCACGAAUGCACUGAGGACGGUUACUUGCGUAUUAUAAACAAGAAGAGACGAAAUCUAACUGGUGGUAUUGCAUCGAAGAAAAUGAAGGAAAAAAAAGUGAGAGAAACAGGAGAAACAAAGUCGAAAAGCAAAUCACCACAACUAACUGAGCGUGCAAAUGUUUCCGAUGUUGCGGAAGAUAAUUCUGCAUCCGUUAUUUCACCCGCAGAAAAUCCCAGUUCCACCAUUUUAUUAGAAAGAAACUAUGGCGCCAUUAUUUCAUCCCAAGAAAACUCUGCUUUUGUUCCGGUUACUCGUUCCGCAGAAAUAACAGAACACGUUGAUGGAAUACAACAAAUGUCAUUGCAGAAUUUGCUUCCAACAGAUUCCGUCCGGAAGCAAAUAUUCACAAAUCGGUUAAUAGAUCGACUGCAGCGUAUAGAGUAUUUGAUUAUGAACGCUUACAUCAUCAAAUGUGGAGGAUGUCUACCGCAGGAAGUAUACUUACCGUUCAUCUGUGGAGUAUAUGGCGCUGAUUUUUAUCUCUCGGAAUGGUCGAAUGUGCAACUAAGAGACGUUAUGAUAGUGCUUCUGCAGCCACCAGAAAUACUGCUUCAAAGCAAUUUACCCACCGAUAUUUCAAUUGAUGAAGUGAAACAGGUUCGACCACCUGGUAUUCAUCGUGCGAUCACAGCUAUUAGAGAGGAAAAACUAAAGAGAUGCGACAGUAUUUUUGCUCGAUUUGUCCAGCAUAUUUUCAAUGCCAUCUCUCGACCUGAAUUCGUUGUGGCUGUUCGUGAAUUCAAAAAAUUUGCUGAUGACGUAAGAAAUAUGAAUGUUGACAGUAUCAAGUCACAUGACAUCAAUAUGUUACGAUGCUGA